CUGGUCUCACUCUGCUCAUUUCUCUACUGAAUAUCACACCUUAAAAUCAAUUAUAAGUAAAUAAAAGUAUUAAUUAUGGGGAAUUUUGCAGCCAAUGAAGGACUUUCUAUCUUUGUCAUUUUGGUCUGGUUGGGCAUCAAUGCGUACCUGUUUGUUCACUUUUACAUGGCCUUCCUCACCCCCAGAUGGUUCUACACUAGAGUCCUGCUCGGGCAUGCUUUGUCCUGGGCCCGGGCUCCUGCUGCUUGUCUGAACUUUAACUGUAUGCUGAUCCUGCUCCCAGUCUGCAGAAACCUCCUCUCCUUCCUCAGAGGGACCAUACAGUGCUGCAGUCGCACAGCCGCUCGACAGCUGGACAGAAACAUCACCUUUCACAAACUGGUCGCCUACAUGAUCGCCUUUCACACAGCGGUGCACAUCGUCGCUCAUCUGUUUAACUUUGAGUUCUUCAUGAACGCUCAGCUGGACCAGAACCAGACCCUCCCCUUUAUCCUGUCCCAGAUCGGAAACAACGACAAUGCCUCCUUCCUCAACCCCAUACGCUCCAAUGAGACGACCCAGACCAUUGUCAUGUUCACCACAGUUGCGGGUGUGACGGGCGUAGUCAUCACUCUGGCUCUGAUCCUGAUGAUCACUACCUCCACAGAGGUCAUCCGGAGGUCGUACUUUGAGGUCUUCUGGUUCACGCACCACCUCUUCGUCAUCUUCUUCAUCGGACUUGUCUUCCACGGAUUCCAGCGUAUAGUUCGGGGUCAGACGUUUCAGAGUCUUGAGACCAAUAAUCCAGAGAACUGCUCCGAUCACUUCCAGGACUGGGGCAAGAACGGAUCUGACUGUGCUGUGCCCGAGUUUGCAGGAAACCCCCCAAUGACGUGGAAGUGGGUGGUGGGGCCCAUGUUCCUGUAUGUUUGUGAGAGACUCGUCCGACUUUACAGAUCACAUCAGAAAGUCGUCAUCACUAAGGUCGUGAUGCAUCCCUCACGUACGCUGGAGUUACAGAUGAAGCGUAAAGGUUUUAAGAUGGAGGUGGGUCAGUACGUGUUCAUCCAGUGCCCGAGUGUGUCCCGCCUGGAGUGGCACCCCUUCACCCUGACCUCUGCCCCCGAAGAGGAUCACUUCUGCGCCCACAUACGCAUCGUGGGAGACUGGACCGAAGCGCUGUACAAAGCCUGUGGAGGAGACCGGCCCGAGCAGCAGCAAGCGUGGACCAUGCCCAAGAUUGCCAUCGAUGGUCCGUUCGGCACAGCGUCAGAGGAUGUUUUCCGGUAUGAGGUGGUGAUGUUGGUGGGAGCCGGAAUUGGAGUCACUCCUUUUGCCUCCAUCCUGAAGUCUGUGUGGUACAAACAAAUUCAGAACAACCAGGACACCUACACCAAGAAGAUUUACUUCUACUGGUUGUGUCCGGAGACUGAGGCGUUCGAGUGGUUUGCUGAUCUGCUUCAGUCGUUAGAAAAACAGAUGACUGAACGAGACAUGAGCGACUUCCUCAGCUACAACAUCUACCUCACACGAUGGAAGGAUCAAGAGGCGGCUCACUUCCGGGUUCACCACGAGGCGGAGAAUGAUCCCAUCACUGGACUCAAGCAGAAGACUCUGUAUGGAAAACCCAACUGGGACAAUGAGUUCAGCAGCAUCGCAACCAAGCACCCAAAGACUAAAGUGGGCGUGUUCCUGUGUGGACCUCCUCAGCUCGCGAAGUCUCUGGAGAAACAGUGUCUGUCCCACUCUGAGGCUGAUGUCAAGUUCAUCUUCAACAAGGAGAACUUUUAAACCUGAUCAAGACCUGCUUUAGACCUGUUUUAGACCUGUUUUAGACCUGGUUUAGACCUGGUUUAGACCUGUUUUAGACCUGCUUUAGACCUGUUUUAGACCUGUUUUAGACCUGUUUUAGACCUGGUUUAGACCUGGUUUAGACCUGGUUUAGACCUGAUCAAGACCUGGUUUAGACCUGGUUUAGACCUGGUUUAGACCUGGUUUAAACCUGAUCAAGACCUGGUUUAGACCUGGCUUAAUCCCAGUUCAGUCCUGGUUUAGUCCUGGAUUAGACCUGGUUAGGACUCUGGAUGGGCCAAUAUUCGUUAAUCGAUAUUUGCUGAAACCGAUAUUUAACUUUCAAAAUCCACAGUGAAGCCCACAGAUGUAUCUUGUAAAUGUUAAUGUAAUUUUUCCCUUUUGUAAAAAUAAUAACAAAAUGUAUUUAUGUGAUGUAAGUCAUGUGUUACAUGUUUGAGUCCCACAGAUAUAAAACAGUGUGACUCAUUAGUCAAAAGAGCACUCAGAGAAUGAGGCAGUGCAGAAAAUAUCGGUAUCAAAUACUGACAUCAGCCAAUAAAAAUAUCGAAGACACUGUAUCGAUAUCGGCCGAUAAAAAUAUAUUGAAGAAUCUAUUGAUAUGAUAAUGUGCACCUGGUUUAGACAUGGUUUAGUCCCAGUUUAAUCCCAGUCUAGUUCUGUCAUAGACCCUGGUUUAAAUCUGGUUUAGUAUUCGCUAGGUCAUGGUUUAGACCUGAUCAAGACCUGGUUCAGACCUGGUUCAGACCUGGUUCAGAACUAAUUGCAGACCUCUAGCUGAUUUCUUCAUGUCCAUUGUCAGUACUUCUGUUUUUGACAAAUGGAGGCGGACAUUUUGAAACUUUGGGGUUUUUGACAUUUUCCUCUUCUUGUUUUCAGUUGCAGACAUAUUAAUGAAAUUCCGGCUUUCAAAAUUCGGACUUCCCCUUUUUAAAACCAGUUUCCAGAGAAAGAUUUACUUACACCUGGUUUAGUUCUGGUUCAGUCAUAGUUUAGACCUAGUUAGUCCUAGUUCUUCCUGGUUUAGUUCUAGUUUAGUCCUGGUUUUUGUUUCAGUUCUUGCUUUAGUAGGAAUUGAUAUGGUUCUAGUUUAGACCCAAUUAAACACUGGUCAAGGCUUACUUCAGACCGGGUUUAGUCCUGGUUUAGUCCUGGUUUAGUCCUGGUUUAGUCCUGGUUUAGUCCUGCUUUAGUCCUGGUUCAGUCCUGCUUUAGACUCUUUUUGACAUUUGUUCUUUUUCUAGAUGCAGCUAACAACUCAUUUUAAAAGAGAAGAGAUAUAUCUCAACAUUUUCACAGCAAAACUAAAUAAAUAACUAUAAAUAUUGCUUAAACUGAUCCUUUGCACAUUUGUGUCACCUGUAAAAACAUGUUGUUUGGUUAAAUUUAUUCGUGCUGCUGCAGUGGAGGUGAUGGUGGUCACUUUGGAUGUUGCUGCUUCAUCACAUGGCGUCAGUGUUUGGAAAUAAUAAACUUUAAACUUGACUCAAAGU